AUGGCUAAAAGUGUGAGCAAUGGGGCUAUAGCCCAACCUCCAGCAUCAAAAGCAGGACUAUACAUAGCCCUAGUGGUUAUCUCUCUUUUGACAAUGAUUCUCAUGGUUCCUUCUGUGUUUGAAUGGCUCAGAUCUAACUCUUUAGAGGUUAUAAUUACUAUAAGGAAAGAUUACAGUCAGAAGAACUUGGAUAAGUUAAUGGAUUUGAUCAGUGCGAUGGGAGACAAGUACGGAAUUUUCCUAGCACUAUGAUGUGCAUUAGCAGUUUUGAAUAUGAAUAAUUACCUUAUGCUUAUUGGUGUAUCCUCAUUUGGUGUAGCAGUCAACCUUUUAGUCAAAAUGCUGAUCAGGGAUGCAAGACCUUACUUCUACUCUCCGGAUUAUCAACCAGUGAGUUGUGAUUUUGAGUAUGGGUCUCCUUCUGGGCACGGACAGAGUGUAACAACCUUCUAUCUUUCGUUCAUAACUCUUUUGGUAAGGCAAUAUGGACUCCAGAAUAAGAAGUUAACUCUUUAUGUAGUGGGAUAUUCCUACUGUGUUUUCAUGUGCUUCACUAGAAUCUUUGUGGGAUUACACACUGCUGAACAACUAUUGCUUGGAUUUGGUCUUGGACUUAUGAUCCACAUCCUCUUCGUUCACAUUCUCGUAGAAUAUUUCGAUAAAUUAUAUGAAGGAAUCGAAACUGGUAAGACAAGAUUGUUUAAUAGAUAUAUCGUUCUACUUUUCCUAAUGGUAAUAUUUGCUACGUUAUUAUAUUUGUACAUUGAAAGAUUUGAUCCUGCACCUCAGUAUUGGUUGGAUACUGUCAAAAAGUCAUGCCCUCCAAGUAAGCACUUUAUAAGCUUUCAUUACUCUUGCCUCAACAAAUAUCUUGUGACUUUUGGAAGCCUCGGAGCUUAUUUUGGAUGUUACUUCAGAAGAUGGGUUCUCAAAUUUAAAGACGGAAGUAAGUUUACAAAGCCUAAAACUGUAUUUAAAACAGUGAUUCGUGUGCUGAUCAAUAUUGCCUUUGUUGUUAUUCUGAGUGUGCCAUCAAUCUUUAUCCCAAAGACAUCUCCAAUUCCAGUCCUGCUCUUUGUCAAGGGUUUCUUUGUUCCGUUUGCUGCCACCUUCUCAUCAAUGCUGUAUACUGGCAAGAUAGUUAAAUUUUUGAAUAUUUAAG